UGCAUUGUGGGAGAUCGAAAGAUGGCGGCGCCCGUAAGGCGGACGCUGUUAGGGGUGGCGGGGAGCUGGCGGCGGUUAGAGAGGCUCUGGGCCGGUAGUCUAAGCUUUCGCAGCCUGGCUCUUGCAGCCGCACCCUCAAGCAACGGAUCCCCAUGGCGCCUGUUGGGCGCGUUGUGCCUGCAGCGGCCACCUCUAGUCUCCAAGCCGUUGACCCCAUUGCAGGAAGAGAUGGCGUCUCUACUGCAGCAGAUUGAGAUAGAGAGAAGCGUGUAUUCAGACCAUGAGCUUCGUGCUCUGGAUGAAAACCAGCGAUUGGCAAAGAAGAAAGCCGACCUUUAUGAUGAACAAGAUGAACAGGAUAUAUUGCUGGUGCAAGAUUUGGAAGACAUGUGGGAGCAGACAUUUCUACAGUUCAAACUUGGAGCUCGCAUAACAGAAGCUGAUGAAAAGAAUGACCGAACAUCCCUGAACCGGAAGCUAGACAGGAACCUUGUCCUGUUAGUCAGAGAGAAGCUUGGAGACCAGGAUGUUUGGAUACUGCCCCAGGCAGAGUGGCAGCCUGGGGAGACCCUUCGAGGAACAGCUGAACGAACCCUGGCAACACUCUCAGUCAGAAUUUUGACUUCCUUGAACAUAUGGGCAGUAUCUGUUCCUCGCUCUGAUCGUAGCUUUCAGCAAAGUACCUGGCACAUAGGCAUCUGUUGAAUGUUGACUAAAUGGAUUUUGUGGUGCACAGCCACUUUACCUGCCCUCCCAUCAGCACAAGUACCCGCUAAUGAAAUGUCAGCAGCCAGUGUGUGUUCCCUUGACUCCCAAGGGGCCUGUGUGGCCUGCAGGAGAGACAUCAAGACAGAAUGGAAUAUGGUAGGAGAAGAGGUUGCUGCUUCCUCAGUCUCCUCAGCCAUUACAUAGGAGUCAGCAGCUGAGUUUCUUGUGAGGAUCAUUGUGUUUAGGUGCUCAGCCUCUCUUACCGUGGAACAUUCACAACUGAUCCUUGCUCAGUGCCCCCUUCUGUUUGCAAUGUGGAAAGGGGUUCCACCUGAGCACUAUGCUUUCCUUUAAACAUUGCCAUUGUAAUAAAUAAAUGUAAAAGAAAUAUAUCAAAUAUAUUAAAAGACGUAUUUAUGUUUAAUAGAUGCAUAUAAAAUAGUGUAUUGACUUAUUACACAUUUACUAAUCUGACAAUAUAAAAUGGCAAAGAAAAGCUCUAGCACUUUAAGAGCAUAUACUGUAUAUUGAAAAAGUGAAAGUGCACUCCUUUCCUCCCCAUUGGCUCCACACUUCCAGUAUUUCUGCGAGAUGGAAUUUCUAGAGGUAGAAUUAAUGGUUCAAAGGUGUGCACACUUCAGUUUUUGGUAAGUGCAGCCCAGUUGCCCUCCAGAAUGUAUAUAACAAUUGAUGUUUUCCAGGAGUGGUGUCUGAGAGUGCCUCUUUGUGUAAACCUCACCAACAUAUGAAAUAGUUGCUUUUAAAAUUUUGCUCAUCUAGUGAGUCAAAAUGUUCUCUUUAAGAUUAGCAUUUUCCUGUUUGCUAGUGAGAUUCACUGUCUUUUCAUAUGUUUAUUGGUUGUUUGUACUUUUUCUUUUGUGAACUGCCUAUUUAGAUCGUUUGCUCAUCUUUGUAAUAAGCUGUUUUCUUCUUUUUAGUUUGUUUAUGUUUUUAAUCCAUCUCUUCCAGAUUAUAGAAAAGUAACAUGCAUUUAUGGAAUUAAGUUUAGAAACUUCAGGGAAGUGUAAAGAAAUAGGCCAGUACAAUUCCACCACUCACAGAUACCCACUGCUAACAUUUUUUAUUUUACGUGAGCUCACACUAUCUAUAAAUUUUUCAUCUAAUGCUAGUAGUGUUUUUUUUUACUUUUUAAUAUGAGAAAAGCAAUUCACGUAUGUGGUAAAAAAAUUACCAGUGUCUAGUAAAUGUAGUGUAAGAUGUAAUUUUCCUUUUUCAGAGACAACCUCUAUUAAUAGUGUUUUUCUGUAUCUCUUCAGAAAUUCUCUGUGCGUAUACAAAUGCAUAAAUGUUUUGUUUUCUUUCUUUCCAUAUAACGGGAGCAUGUAUGUACACUGUUAUGUGCCUUCCUUUUUUCUCAUAUACACUUUUAAACAUCUUUUCAGAUCAGCCUAUUAAGACCUAUCUGAAGCUUUUUUAACACCGGCAUACUAUUUUAUAAUAUGUAUGUACUGCAGUUUGUUUAGCCAGUCUGUUUUUACAAACAAAGCUGCAGUGAAUAUCCUUGUACACUCAUCUUUGCUCAUAUGGGCAAAUUAGUAUAUCUGGUAGGAUAAAAGUCUAGAAGUGGAGUUGCUAGGUCAAAGGACAUGUGCAAUUAAAUUGACACCUCUCGCCAAUUAAUAGCAGUUAUACAAAUUUAUAACCCCUCCAAAAUAUGUGUGAAAGUACAAGUUUUGGCCGGGCGCGGUGGCUCAAGCCUGUAAUCCCAGCACU